CCCGGCCACCUCCCCUCCCCGACCACUAGCUCGCCAGGCUCCGAUCCGACGUCGACGCCACCCACCAUGGCGGCGCUCCUCGCCCGGCAAGCAGCGCAGGCGCUCCGCGCACGCCAGAUGGCGCAGCUCGGGCCGUCCGCGACGGCGAUGCAGGGGCACAUCCGGAGCUACAUGGGCGCAGGGAAGCCUACGAGGUUCAAAGAGGAUGAGGAGAAAGAGCAGCUUGCAAAAGAGAUAGCGAAAGAUUGGAAUGCUGUGUUUGAAAGGAGCAUCAAUACAUUGUUUUUAACUGAAAUGGUCCGUGGCUUGAUGCUGACACUGAAGUACUUCUUCGAGAGGAAUGUUACAAUCAACUAUCCAUUUGAGAAGGGUCCUCUGAGUCCCCGCUUCCGAGGAGAGCAUGCUCUCAGACGCUAUCCAACUGGAGAAGAGCGUUGCAUCGCCUGUAAAUUAUGUGAAGCUAUAUGCCCAGCUCAGGCAAUUACAAUUGAGGCAGAAGAACGUGAAGACGGUAGUCGUCGAACUACAAGAUAUGAUAUUGAUAUGACCAAAUGCAUCUACUGUGGGUUCUGCCAAGAAGCCUGUCCUGUUGAUGCUAUUGUUGAGGGUCCUAACUUUGAGUUUGCUACUGAAACCCAUGAGGAACUGCUAUACGACAAGGAGAAAUUGCUUGAGAAUGGCGAUCGUUGGGAGACUGAGAUUGCUGCAAACUUGGAGUCGGAGAGUCUUUACCGUUGAUUCUUUUACUCAUGAUAAGGAUUCGGUGUUCCCCUGUUUUACUCAACUAGCUGAUAAAUAAGCAAACCUUGUACCAUUUCCUUGUUUUACUCAACACCUGGUACCAUGCUUCUGCACCUUGGUCCAUUUGUUGUACUUUGUGCCAGGGUAAAGGUGCAUCGCCAUACGUUUUUGCUAUCAUUGUACUGUUGUCAACUCAGAUGCAUUUCGAACAAAACACUGAGGUGCAGAAUGCACCACUUUCUUGUAUCUGGACGUAUGACCGGUGCCUGCUUGGGUACUGUCACUCUCAUAAGACUGCCAUGAUUAGUCAUUGAUACUACUA